AUGGUUAAACGAAAACACCCCGAUCCUGAUGCCGAUGCCAUCAUCCCAGUCACAGACACCCCUUCCAAGCGCCGGAGGAGAACUACAGAUGGAGGAGAAGGAAGAGCACUCAGUAAUGGGGAACCCAACGCCAGCCCCUUGAAAAAUGGCACGCCCAAGCAAGAGGGGACGCCUUCAAGGAGAAGAACAAAGUCCGCCGUCCAAGACCUCCAGGUCGACGAGGAUCAAGACGAAGGCAGUCCCACCCCGAAACCCAAUGGUCGCACCCUGUUCUCUACUCCGACUCGAGGCAAACGCGGAGCUACAGCUACCACACCCUCCAAGUCGGCGCGGGCAAAGGCAGACAGGUCUGCUAAGAGGAAGAGUGCCCGACUACUUGCUGAGACGCAGGACACUGAUGACGACGACCUGAACGGACACGAUGCGCGGCUGGCUCGCGAGAUACUUGACGAUGAUGACGAGGAAGAGGAAGAGGACGUCGACGGAGAUGGACUACUCGGCCAGGAUGUCGAAACCACGCUCGACGAGGGCGAGGCGGUUACACCAUCCAAGAAGACCCCAGGCAAACAAGGGCGACCGAAGGGAUCAAAGAACAAGAGAUCGCCCACCCCUGAAGGCGACAUCCCUCCCGAAGAACGAUACUUUUACCAAAACCGCGCUGGCCCUCCUCAAGUCUCGGGCAACAAGUUCAACUCGGUCAAACUGCUCACGCACGAGGAGUUCUUCGAACAGAUCUCGUCAUGGCGAGACCCUCACGAACCGGAAAAGGCCUUCCUGAUGAAAUUACACGCCCGGUCGUUCCCACAAUGGCGCUUCGAACUCGCCGAAGGGUUUGGAUUGUGUCUCUACGGCUACGGCAGUAAACAGCCUCUCGUCAACCAGUUCGCCGAGUACAUGUACAGCAAGUGCGGCCGUCCGCCUCCUCGCAUCGUCGUCGUCAAUGGCUACAUCCCGAAGCUCAACCCACGCACAAUCCUCAACACCAUUGCCGCGGCCGUGGCUGAAACAGAAGACGAAGCGAUCCGCCUGAUCGGCCAACCGGAGGAAAUGCUCGACACUCUGCUAUCCCACCUUACUGACGAGCCUCCACCUUCGCAACUGCUCGUCAUGGUCAACUCCCUCGACUCGGCUUCCCUCCGCCGACCUUCCAUACAAUCACUCCUUGCCCGCCUCGCGGCGCACCCACAGGUUUCCUUUCUCGCCACGUGCGACACACCCACCUUUCCAGCGAUAUGGAACUCAUCCCUCCUCGACCAAUUCAAAUUCGUCUUCCACGACUGCACGACCUUUGCGCCGUACGCGGCCGAGACACCCAGCGUGGUAGACGAUGUGCACGAAUUACUGGGCAGGAAGAGGAUGCGGGCGGGUGGAAAAGAAGGGAUCGGAUUCGUGCUAAAGAGCUUGCCGGAGAACGCCAGGAACCUCUAUCGUCUACUGCUCGCUGAGAUCCUGAGCAUUUUAGAAGACGGAAUUGACGGCGAUGGCAUUCCGUACACCAAUGGAGGCGGCGCGGACGAUGAAAAUGAAGACGACAACGAGCAAGGAGAAAGUGAAAGACGAACAACCCGGAAGAAAGCACGAGGCGCGCCCACCACCACCACCAGCACAGAGGCCGAGGAAGUCGGCGUCGAAUACCGCACGCUCUACCGCAAGGCCGCAGAGGAGUUCAUCUGCUCGAGCAGCAUGAACUUCCAGUUUCUGCUCAAGGAGUUCCUGGACCACCAGAUGAUCACGAGUCGGCGAGACCCCGCUAGUGGCGCUGAGAUGUUGGGCGUUCCCCUGGCAAAGGAUGAGGUCGAAGCGGUUUUGGAAGAGCUCAUUUGA